AAACACUGCGCGAGCUGCCCGGUGUGCUGUCAAACGGAGCGCGAGUCAGCACGGGAGUAAGAGAGUCACAGAGUGGACGUGAAUGAAAGACAAAAGCGACUGAUGAACAUAUAAAAAGACAGAGGAUAUUUCAGAAACAAGAAAGGAAAAUAGCCUUAUUAAAAUUGGAUCACGGAAAACAAGAAAUCUGAAAAACAGAGUGCGACUGGGACUUGCACGGCAAACCUAACGGUGAUACAUCCUUGGAGAUAUUAGAGACAUCUUUUCGCAGUCUCAACGGUAUUGUCCACGGUUAAACAUUCUAAGUGUAGUUGAAGUUUUGAUUUUAAACCGGGAUCCAGCGCUCCAAGAGUUGGCCUUACGCGCCUCCAUGUAUAAAAUGGAUUACUCCUACCUGAACUCCUACGACUCGUGCAUGGCGGCAAUGGAAGCGUCGGCCUACGCGGACUUUAGUUCAUGCAGCCAGGCUAGCUCGUUCCAAUAUAACCCGAUUCGGACUGGCUUCACCAACCCGGGCUGCACGCCCCUCAGCACCGCGAGCUGCACGCUGGGCGCCCUGCGCGAACAUCAACCAACACCCUACUCCACAGUACCCUACAAAUUCUUCUCCGACCCGUCUGGUUUGAACGAGAAGCGGAAGCAACGGCGCAUCCGGACCACCUUCACCAGCUCCCAGCUGAAGGAGCUGGAGCGCGUGUUUGCGGAGACUCACUACCCAGACAUCUACACUCGAGAGGAGCUGGCCCUCAAGAUUGAUCUGACUGAGGCGCGGGUGCAGGUCUGGUUCCAGAACAGGCGUGCCAAGUUCCGUAAACAGGAGCGUGCGGCAAACUCUAAAUCCGGUAACGCCAACGGGGGUACUAACGGGAGUACUGGCAGCAACGGAGGAAAGAAGGGCGAGCCCAGGUCUUCCUCAGACGACGACGAAUCUAAAGAAUCCACCUGCAGCCCAACUCCUGACAGCACUGCCUCCCUGCCCGGCUCAGGCAAUGGGAACAUGAGCAGUCCUGCUAGCUUGAGCCCCAGUCCAGCACCUACUAAUGGUGGAUACGCUAACACUUCCAGCUCCCCUGUUCUGCAGGGGCUCAAGCCCCCCAGCUGGCCCAGUCUGGGCCCCUCUAACCCGAGCAUGGCCCAACCCGCUUCCCAGGCUCCGGAGCUGCUGAAGGCCUGGCAGCCAGCAGACAGUAUGACUGGACCGUUCGCUGGCGUGCUGUCCACCUUCCACAGAAAACCCAACCCUGGACUGAAGACAAACCUGUUCUAGACAUCAGACAAUGUUUCCCUGCUCCACAGACUCCUGGCUCUGGAGACUAGAUACUGAAGAGAGACACCGAGCAGAGACCAGUAUACCUAUAUCUAUACCACCCUAUUUACACCGCCCCCCUACCCCCUACCCCCACCCAAACCCCUUUAAUUUAUUACAUCCGCAACUGUUCAAUGAAAACUGUAUGUGUGUGUAUGUUUAUCUGGACAGGACUGGGAUAACAGCAUUUAGGUUCCUAAUUCUCAUUCAACAAAUACAAAACGUAGACUAAAGAACCUACCGCCAAACACACACACAAACACACACACAAACACACACACAAACACACACACAAACACACACACAAACUUAGCAUUAAAGUAGUUGGGAGACAUUGUCGUGCACUUAGUGGGCCCCCAGUGACAGUAGCUCUGACUAGAAUUGUAAUCAGAGGGUGAAGACAAACACAGUGUCUCCCAGGGCAGAAAUGAGGGGACAAAAACCUAACUGUUACCAGCAAGCACAACUUCCUCUAAGCCCUGAACAGAGGCACCCCCAAAUCCCUGGAGCAGGAGAGGGCACCCCCAAAUCCAAUUAGAACCACUAGGACCAGACCAGACCCCUCCGCCCCAGACCCCUCCGCCCCAGAC